UGGAAAGCUACUGCUGUACUUCUAGUACUGUGCACUAUGUGUUCUCUCCUUAUUUAUUUGUGUCAAAGGGUUUACUGGCUUCAUUCGAAUAUAAAAAAAUCAUGCAAUUGGAACCAACUUAUAUGAUCCACAAAAAGCUCUGGCUUGUUUUUUGCAAGGAGUGACUAGGAAGAUUUUCACUUCACAAAAUAUCUGUCUGAAAAAUGUCUAAACUUAAUCUUUGCCCACAGACUGUUGGCAUAUUGUUGAAGCCAUGUAAUGAAGAUGCAGAAGUUGAUGAAGAAAACAACAGUGAAAGGCAAGAUUGUGACUCAGUGGAUGAUAAUGAUAAAAUGUCUUCACAAUUGGUUCUGGAUUCUAGUAGCAAGAUUUGUGACCUGAAUGCAAACACCGAAUCAGAAAUAUCAGGUGAUGGAAGUGUUAAUGUUCCUGAGGAAUCAACAUGUAUCCAAGUACCACAUCUAGAUCUGAAGAAUGUAUCUGAUGGUGACAAAUGGGAAGGUAAUUUUUACUCUGAUUUUGCAGUAUAUUCAAAAUCAUGAAAAUAAAUAAGUAGGGCU